CUACUUCUUCAAGAACAGCUAUGGCAACAACAUCACCAUCACUGCCUAUGCAGCAACAGCCAGCAGGGGAAACCUUGACUUAUAACCCUGUAGCUGUACCAAACAAUAAUGCUGCUUGGAGUUCUUCAGGGUCUAUAGGUCCUUUCUUUGCAGUGAUGUCUGUCCUAACUGUUCUCGCAAUUCUUUCAUGCUUAUUGGGCAGGAUGUGCACCAAAGAGGCUGUAACUCCAUUAGAGAGUAUCAAGGAUAGCGGCUGCCUCGGAUGGGUGAAGCGAAAGUGCAGGCAGAGUAUGUCUUGUGAUGUUAAAGUUGGAAUGAAGAUGAUGGCUUUUGGAAAAGGAAGAAAUGAUUGUAACGUUAAAGAUGGUGAGGUUCAACAACUUCCACAACCUUAAUUGAAGGUGGGCUCAUGCAAACUUGGCUAGAUGCCCGGUAGUUUACCCUGGAUUUGGUCUGAGCACAAGUUGUAAGUUGUAACAUUGUAUAUUAGUAUCCCUUGAGAAAUGGCUUUUGAAUGGAAAUUGUAAGAGUCUUUCGGUUUUUGUUUUGAACCUUGCUCUUAUAUUUUGAUCAAUAAUAGUGUCAUAAGCAACUAAAUUAAUUAGAUUCGUUGCUUUCCUACUCUGGUUAGCUAUGUUAAAUCGAUUAGCCAUAAAGGGGAGACAACUUGUGUUUUUCUGCAGUAGGGCUAUGUUGUGUACAGAGUGGAGUGUCCUUACUUUGUAAAUUUGUAUAUUGAUUGGGUUGCGUGUGAAAUAUAAUAUUUGCUUGGAGUU